UUCUAAGUUUGUCAAACCCUGAACUGAUAACAAUGGUGCAUGUCAUAGUUGUUUUGUUUAUUUUAGUAACCCAAGUGUCAGCUCACCGUCCUUGUCCCAAAUGUGGGAAGAUAAAAGUUCCAUAUCCACUUAGCACUGAUGAAAACUGUGGAGAUCCCAGGUAUAGAAUCUACUGCAACAAUGGUGCCUUGGAGUUCAUGUCAGCUCCAGGGUUUUACUAUAAGAUUCUCAGCAUUAGCCCUAAGGCUAAUAAGCUUAUUAUAAAGCCACCUUUGAUCCAGGAAAACACUUGUUACUCAUCUGAUCUCGAUCAAGGAGGGUUGAUGCUGGAUGAGAACUUGCCUUUCAACAUAUCCACUCGUAACACUGUCAUGUUAUUCAACUGCUCCGAUAACAUUCUAUUAUCCCCAUUGAAUUGUUCUUCCAGCAGUUUCUGUAGGGAGUUUGAGGAAGUGGGGGAAGGGUGUGGGUGCAAAGGAACACUUUGCUGCCAUUUCUUGAAAGAUUCAUCGAUGACAUCGCAUAGGAUCAGGACCAGGCUGGGAGGCUGCACUGCUUAUACUUGUGUGGUUGAUAAACAGCCUGGUGAACCCCUUGAAUCUUGGAACUUUGGCAUUGAGCUGCAAUGGUUGCCUCCUUUCUGAUUAGCUUCUUUGACAAAGCUAUACUAUUCCUGGUUCUUGGAAUAGAGUGAUCUUUGGUUUUUAUGUCUUGUGUAUCUGUUGGAGUAUGAUGGUUAUGUUGUGGCUUUGGUUGCUUAGUUUCAUUGUCAUGUCAAUUAAUAAAGUUUCAUGUUAGAUUA